CACUCUUCUAAAACAAACACAAAUCAUUAAUAUUCCUUCAAAAGAAAAAGAAAAAAUAGUGUUCAUUUAGAAGUAAUUUUGCAUGAUGGCCCCUUUUGUGUGUCUUAUUUCUCUUCUUAUUAUGUCCCAUUUAUGCAAUGCACAAGCACAACCUUCCCCUGGCUACUAUCCAAGCUUCCAAGUUGCUCCCUUGGGUUUCUAUCAAGGUUAUAGAACUCUUUGGGGUCCUCAACACCAAAGGUUACAACAAGGCACUCUCACUGUCUGGCUCGACCGUAGUUCCGGUAGUGGAUUCAAGUCCUUGAAGCGAUAUCAAUCGGGUUACUUCAGUGCUGCUAUUAAGCUCCAACCUGGCUAUACUGCGGGAGUGAUCACAUCCUUAUACCUCUCAAACAGCGAAGAUUUCCCAGGACACCAUGAUGAAGUUGACAUAGAAUUUCUAGGGACAACCCCUGGUAAACCAUAUGUAUUGCAAACAAAUAUCUAUGUUAGAGGUAGUGGUGAUGGAAGACUUAUUGGAAGGGAAUUGAGAUUUAAUUUGUGGUUUGAUCCCACCAAAGGUUUCCACAACUAUGCUAUCUUUUGGUCACCAAAUGACAUUAUAUUCUUUGUGGAUGAUGUGCCCAUAAGAAGGUACCCUAGGAAAAGUGAUGCCACGUUUCCACAAAGGCCAAUGUCUGUGUAUGGAUCAAUUUGGGAUGCUUCAUCUUGGGCUACUGAAGAUGGUAAGUACAAGGCUAAUUACAAUUACCAACCCUUUGUGGGCCAAUACCGAAACUUCAAGAUUGCUGGGUGUGGGCCGGGUAUAUCGUGUCGCCUGCCCAAAGUGUCACCAUCUGGAUCUCGGAUCCUCAGCCCACAACAAGUCACCGCAAUGGCGUGGGCCCAAAGAAACCAUUUGGUUUAUAACUAUUGCAAGGAUUCUAGAAAGGAUCGUACCCUUACACCCGAGUGCUAAAAAUAAUUAUACUCUUUUCUUAUAUACCAAGUAUAGUUUUGUUUGCAUUGUUCCUAAAAAAGAAAGUGUUAAUUUGAUGUUAUUAAAGUUUUAUUUUUAUUUUUUUUUACUUGUAAAGUUUCUUGAUUGGGGUGUGUUGAUGUAAAUUUUGAGAAGGCGAAUGGUCUUCCAUUUAAAGGAUUGAAAUAAAGGAAUUAUACAAAUAUAUAAUUA